AUGGCUAGCAAUUCGGGACUUGCACGAGACGCCACAAGGAAGAUCACCCCGACAUUAUGGUUAGGUGCUAACCAGAAUUCGAGCCCAAACUCCAACAGGAGCUCGACUCGUGAACGGAACUUGAAGAAUUACGAGGUUCCGUUAUCGGGUCGGGCUCUUGUUGAAGUUCCGGCUCGAGUUCUAGUGGCGGAACCUCGCUCGUGCUCUCGUCAGCACCAGGAUGUCGGGAUGAUCUUCCUUGUGGCGUCUCAUGCAAUGUGGAGAGGGGAGAGGCCUAACACCCUCAGUCCUAGUGUUCGAACAAAAUUCGUGUCACAGAGAACAGAAAAAGAGAUCAGCAACGCAUGUAUGUUGAAGUUUAAGAAUCUGAUCUUCGACUACUUGUUUAAGCUUCUCUUAAUUGGAGACUCAGGUGUUGGAAAGUCAUGUCUUCUUCUUAGAUUUGCUGACGAUUCGUACCUUGACAGUUACAUCAGUACAAUCGGUGUUGACUUCAAAAUUCGAACUGUGGAGCAAGAUGGGAAAACCAUUAAACUUCAAAUUUGGGAUACUGCUGGACAAGAACGAUUCAGGACUAUAACCAGUAGCUACUACCGUGGUGCACAUGGAAUCAUAAUAGUAUAUGAUGUAACUGACAUGGAGAGCUUCAACAAUGUGAAGCAAUGGUUGAACGAAAUCGAUCGGUAUGCCAGUGAGAAUGUAAACAAACUUCUGGUAGGAAACAAGUGUGACCUUGCCGAAAACAGAGCUGUCCCUUAUGAGACAGCUAAGGCUUUCGCUGAUGAAAUCGGCAUUCCUUUCAUGGAGACUAGUGCCAAGAAUGCCACUAACGUAGAACAGGCUUUCAUGGCCAUGUCUGCCGACAUAAAGAACAGGAUGGCUAGUCAGCCGGCAUCAAACACUGCUAGGCCACCUACAGUGCAGAUUCGUGGACAACCGGUGGCCCAGAAGAGUGGCUGCUGCUCAUCUUAGUGCGAACUUUCUUGUCGACCCUAUGAGUUGGUAUUUCCACCUCUUAUUUGCAAUGGGAAAGUCUCACAUUGUGUUUCGGUCCAUUCUUUGAAAUACAUUUGAUGUUAUAAGUGGCUGUACAAAUUACAAUUGCGUGCCGACUCUAGUUGUAUUUGUUUGUUAUUUUUUGCUUUUAUGUCCUAUAGUUUCUUCUGUCCACAAGUAGUACUUGUCCUAGGUUUGCAGACAAGCUGUUUGAAAAAAGAUUUGGUACAUUGGGAAAAGAAUUAUCAUGUAAUAUUUGAUUUGCGUUGGCAUUAAAACUCUACGUUGAAUAAUUUUUUUUUUUAAUUGGACAUCAUUCUAUUUUCUCUGGGGAUAUUUGCUGCUUUUAGAUUAAU